UCUGCAAAGCCGUAGCCCUCUUUCUCUACUGUUUGUCUAAAACCCUAAACCCGGCUGGACACAGAGGAGGGAUUGAUUGAUUUGUCAAAUUUAAGUUCUGCUUGCAUGGUCGUGGAGCAGUCAGAUUGUCCAAUUUCUAACCGGAAAACGGGAAGUUAUUCCGGCGAAAAGAGCCGCGGAAGACAGCAAAAGCCAAGUGAAGAGCUCCGUGGAAACCUAGUUAGGGAUGUCGGUAGCAGAAGAGAAAGAAGAGGUUUUUGGAACUGACGGGGUUGAAGUUGACGAGGAGGAGGAAGAGCUUUCGUGGUCGUCGGACUCUGAAAUCGGAGACGCUUUGGACUACUUGGAUUCCAAGGAAGACAAUGAAGCUGUUGAAGGCGGUUUUGCUCUGCAGGCCAGGCGGCCCAAUGCUCAUGGGGGUCUCCAUUCACGCCCCAAUUCUUCUUCGCUCCAACCUCUAUCGAAUCGCAACCAGAAGUUCUCCAACCGCAUCAGAGCUUCACCCUUGGAGGAGUGGGAAGGAAGGCACAGUGUCAACAUGUCAAAUUCUGUGACGACUGCGAUUCGUGAAAGUGUUCGAGAGAUGGCCAUCGGCAAAACUAAAAUUACAGAUAAAGCAGAUCGUGCAACUGUUGAGCAGGCAAUUGAUCCCAGAACUCGCAUGGUCCUAUUCAAAAUGCUAAAUCGAGGAAUAUUUCGGGAUAUAAAUGGAUGUAUUUCAACAGGGAAAGAAGCAAAUGUAUACCAUGCUACAAAGUCUGAUGGUCUGGAAUUGGCAAUCAAAGUGUACAAAACUUCUGUUCUCGUAUUUAAGGAUCGAGACCGGUAUGUGCAAGGUGAUUAUCGUUUCAGAUAUGGCUACUGCAGGCACAAUCCCAGGAAGAUGGUUAAGACAUGGGCUGAGAAAGAAAUGAGGAAUCUUAUGAGGCUAAAGACAGCAGGAAUUAGGUGCCCUACUCCACUUCUUUUGAGGCUUCAUGUUUUGGUCAUGGAGUUCAUAGGUAGGUCUGGUUGGGCAGCACCUCGUCUUAAAGAUGCAGCUUUAUCUUUGGACAAGCUACGAGAAGGUUAUGUGGAGAUGAUACUGGCCAUGCGGACAUUAUACCAGAAGUGCAAGCUUGUUCAUGGAGACCUAAGCGAAUAUAACGUACUUUAUUUUGAGGGUCACUUGCAUAUCAUUGAUGUUUCCCAAGCAGUUGAUCUUGACCAUCCUCAUGCUCUUGACUUUCUCCGAGAAGACUGUGUCCAUAUUUCCGAUUUCUUUAAAAAACACGGUGUUGGUGUCAUGACGAUUCGAGAAUUAUUUGAUUUCAUAGUUGAUCCUUCUAUUACAGAUGAAACCAUAGACAGUUACCUAGAGGAGGUUCAACAAAAAAUUUUGGCCAGAGGAGAUGUGAUUUCGCACGAGGAUGAAAUUGCAGACUCUGUUUUUGUGCAGUCCUUCAUUCCCAAGACACUGGAUCAUGUGAAAAAUGUUGAGGAGGAUAUAGAUCGGAUUACAAGUGGCAAGGAUACGGGAGAUCUAUACUAUCAAACUAUUACCGGACUCAAACAGGCUCUCUCUAUGGCUCAAUCUUCUCCACCGGGAAAGCAGCAGCAGCAGCAGCUCCAUGAGGAGGGGACCCUAAAACAAGAAUCUGCUGUAGAUAUUGCCAGACAUUCAAACUCGCCUGACAGCGAAACAGAAUCUGGAACAGAUGAUGAUGGCGACGACGAUUAUUCGAGCGAGUCAAGUGGGCACAGAUCCGCACCAGAAAAUGAGUCACAGCCACCUCUCGAUAAGAAAGCUGCUAGGAAAGAGAACAAGAAGAAAGUCAAGGAAGAGAAGAGGGAGGCCCGGAAGACCAAAGUACCCAAGGCAGUGAAGAAGAAGAAGAAGAAGUUGGCGAAAGCCAAGAAGUACAGGUAGCCGCCAGAUUGGAGACACAAAGAUUGAUCUUUAUGGCCUAUGCUAUGCAACAAUUAUGGUAGAAUUAUUAAUGGAGCCUGACAAUCUCUUGUAAUGGAGAGGCAACAGUUUUGACUGUGAGAAGAAGCUCAUUCUUUUUCUUUCGUUCUUUUGUAUUUAUUAAUUUUAUGUCCGGAAAGUGAAAAUUAUAUUGCAGCAUAUCUUUUUGAUGUUUUUUUUUUGGGUCCUAAAGUAUCCUCUCAAUAAUUUCUUCUUAUGUUUUGUCCAAAACUUUUAUGGCGGCUAAUGAAAGCCAAAUUCAGCCA